AGAGCUGAAAGCACGAGGGAGACGGAGAAAAGACCGUAGAGGAGACGCUCCACUCCGCAUCUGUGCUGUUUGAGGGAUAUAUACUGUUAUAAAAAGACCCAGCAGCACUGAGCGAGUGUGAGGUCCCAGGACACCAGGCCAGAAUCCCAAGCGUCGAGUGAUGCAGGCGUCCCAGGUGCAGAGCCUCAGAGCAGGGCUACGGACGUCAGGAGUGCCAGCCUGCAGAACAGGGAUGCGCAGGAUGUAACACGUGUGCUUCACUGGGAGAGGGUGCUUGAAUUCUCAGAGGACCCUCGAAAGCAACAGAGACACAAUAUAUGUAAAUGUGUCAUAUCUUCAUUAGAAUAAAGAACGGAGGACCAGCGUUACCGCACACGGCCCAGCACACACCCAGCCUCCAGCUGCCCGUGAACGACGGAUCUCUGCCUUCUGGAAUCAGUCUGUUAUAAACCCUCGGAAUACAGGAAGGGUCAUGACCCAGUUGCCAUGCGUAUCACCACGGUGACCGGACUUCCUAGCCCCUCCCCCCUCUUCCUCCUAUUAACCCAGCUGCUGCUGUGGCUCCUCCUUCCUGGCCAAGAGGUAGCAGGAGCCACGUCUACCUGCCCUGCACCUUGCAGUUGCUCCAACCAAGCCAGCCGAGUGAUCUGCACCAGAAGAAGCCUGGAUGAGGUGCCUGAGAAUAUAUCCAACAACACACGAUACCUCAACUUACAGGAGAACUCCAUACAGGUGAUCCGCUCCGACACCUUCAAGCACCUGCGUCACCUGGAGAUCCUCCAGCUGUCCAAGAAUCAGAUCCGGCAGGUGGAGGUGGGCGCCUUCAACGGCCUGCCCAACCUCAACACCCUGGAGCUGUUCGACAACCGUCUGACGCUGGUGCCGUCACAGGCCUUCGAGUACCUGAGCAAACUGCGGGAACUGUGGCUGCGGAACAACCCCAUCGAGACGCUGCCGGGCUACGCCUUCCACCGUGUGCCUUCGCUGCGCCGCCUCGACCUGGGCGAGCUCAAGAAGCUGGACUACAUCUCCGACGCCGCCUUCGUGGGCCUGAUCAACCUGCGCUACCUGAACCUGGGCAUGUGCGGCCUGAAGGACAUCCCCAACCUGACGCCGCUGGUGCGGCUGGAAGAGCUGGAGUUGUCCGGGAACAGGCUGGAGAUCAUCCGGCCCGGCUCCUUCCAGGGCCUGGAGUCGCUGCGCAAGCUGUGGCUGAUGCACUCGCAGAUGUCCGUGAUCGAACGCAACGCCUUCGACGACCUCAAGAGCCUGGAGGAGCUGAACCUGUCCCACAACUCCCUGCACUCGCUGCCCCACGACCUGUUCACGCCUCUGCAGAAGCUGGAGCGCGUGCACCUGAACCACAACCCCUGGGUGUGCAACUGUGACGUGCUGUGGCUCAGCUGGUGGCUGAAGGAGACGGUGCCCAGCAACACCACCUGCUGCGCCCGCUGCCACGCCCCGCCGUACCUGAAGGGCAAGUACAUCGGUGAGCUGGACCAGAGCCACUUCACGUGCUACGCGCCCGUUAUUGUCGAGCCGCCCACCGACCUCAACGUGACCGAGGGCAUGGCGGCAGAGCUGAAAUGCCGCACGGGGACGUCCAUGACAUCCGUCAACUGGAUCACACCCAAUGGAACUCUGAUGACGCACGGCUCGUACCGCGUGCGCAUCUCCGUGCUGCAUGACGGGACGCUCAACUUCACCAACGUCACUCUGCGGGACACCGGCCAGUACACCUGCAUGGUGACUAACUCCGCCGGCAACACCACGGCGACCGCUGUACUGAACGUGACCGCGGCAGACACCAGCGUCAACUACACAUACUUCACCACCGUCACUGUGGAGACCGUGGAAUCCACAGGGGACGAGGACUCCGCGCUGCGCUCCAUCAACGAGACCACCAUCCGCAUUCCCGGGCCGACGCCGUCCGGGCGUUUCUGGCACAAUGCCGUGUCGACCACAGCCUCCUCAUUGUCCGUGGUUGGCUCGUCGUCGUCUCCCCGGGCGACCAAGCCCACCUUCACCGUCACGGUCUCCGAGGCCAGCUAUCCCUCCGGGCUGGAUGACGUGAUGAAGACCACCAAGAUCAUCAUCGGCUGCUUUGUGGCCAUCACCUUCAUGGCGGCGGUCAUGCUGGUGGUCUUCUAUAAACUGAGGAAGCAGCACCAGCUGCACAAGCACCACGGCCCUGCCCGUGCCAUCGAGAUCGUCAACGUGGAGGAUGAGAUCGGCGCGGGCGUCCGCGGCAGCGGCCUCUCCGGAGGCUCCGCUGGGCCCCAGGGUGGAGCAGGCGGAGGCAGCCAGGGCCUGCGCCUUCACCACCCCGAGAUCGUCACCCUGCCCAGCCUGGCCAGGGCUGAGCAUCUCAACCACUACUACAAGCCCCACCACUUCAGCAGUAACAUGAUGUGUCUGGGCCUGGCAGCGGGUGGGGGCCUCAACAACAACAACAACCCCUCCCCAUGCACCCAGGCCCAGAACACAACCAUCUCUUGCGCCCAGAUGCCCGUCUCCAUGGGCACUGGGCCGUGCUCCAUUCCAUCGCCGGUGCCCCUGCCCACCCUGGGCAUCCACGGCUCACUCAAGGGCCUGAUGGGCAAAGGGCAGAACCCUCAGAUCGAGCCCCUGCUGUUUAAGAGCGGCUCCAAAGAGAACGUCCAAGAGACUCAGAUCUAAGACAGCGAGUGAGAGAGUGGGAGACAGAGAGAGAGAGAGAGAGAGAGAGAGAGGGAGAUUUUUUUAAAUGAAAGAGAAAAAGAAGGCAUCAGGGAGACAGAAACAGAUGAAGGACACACAGGCUCUCCAGCGGCUGUGGGUACGAUCUCAGGUGUAACGCGUGAGGUAGACCCAGCAUUGUGUGACGCGUUUCCUCCACGAGAGGAAGUCACAACUGUGGACCACUACAAAGCUGUACUGCAACAGCAGAGAGAGAGAGAGAGGGAGAGAGAGAGAGAGAGAGAGAGAGAGAGAG